AUGGACAAACUUAAUGCACAAUGUUCUAAACUAGUGCUUUGUGUAACUUUGGAACAAGGUACUAAUCCGGAAUGGAUUAACAGUUUGACAAAACUGACUCACAUCUACGUGGACAACAACAAACUGUCGACAUUUCCUGCGGAACUGUGCGAAUUAAAGGGGCUGGAAGUGCUGUGCGCACCGGGCAACUCUAUAUCGGACAUACCUUCCGCACUGACGGCGCUCAAGCGACUGACGCAGCUAAACUUGUCACGCAACCGAAUAAGAAACGUCCCUGGCGAUGUUUUGAACAUGCCAUCUCUGUGGCUAUUGGACUUGUCUCACAAUGAAAUCGAAACUCUGCCAGAAGUCUACCCAGACAAAUUGUAUUACGGUGAAAUAUUAUUGAAUGGAAACAAGCUGAUCUCCGUUCCGGACAAUCUCAGUCGUCUGAAGAACAUAGAAUACCUAUCGUUGUCCCACAACAAGCUCCUAUACGCGCCUGCGGUAACUUUCAGGACGGAAGCCAAUAUCAACAUGGACCAUAAUCCUUUUUUGAAUUACUUGCCGACCACUAUUAAGGCAGUACAUUGCGGCACACACCAAUUUCUGGGAGUACACAUGUUGCCAAAUAUAACACUUACGUGCAACGGUCGGACUCUGAUUAUAUCGCCUAAAAUCAAAGAAGUGUUCAGUGUCCAAGGAAAUGCACACUGUCCUACUUUGAAAGAAUUUUCCCUCAGGGCACUCUAUGUUUGGAAGACACCAUUUUCCAACGAUUGUAUCCCAAAACAUUUGUGCGAACAAUUGUUGUCCGGUCCAACUGCUUCCUGUAUGCAAUGCUCGAGACCGAUGUUCACAUUCAGCUAUAUUUGUUUAUUACAAUAUGAUUUCUUUUUCAGAUCACACACUCAUUUCAAUGCUCAAUAUUUUUGUUCUAAAUCAUGUCAUGGAGCAUUUAAACAAUUAAUAACAAAUCGUUACCAAAUGGUCUUACAAGAAUUAGAUUACAAAAUUAAACCUUAUGGAUUUUUCCAAAGUUAA